ACAAGCUAAUACAAAGAAGAAAAAGCCAGCUAUUCACAAUCACCUCAUCUUUCUAACCCCUUCCAAAUGGCUUUAACAACCUACGAAGAGUUGCAUGGCAGCAAUAACUGGGAUGGUCUUCUUGACCCCUUGAACCCAGACCUACGUACUCUUAUUCUUGGCUAUGGCGAUCUUGCUUCAGCUGCUGAACGGGCACUGAAUAACAACGAGAACGCCAAGUACUCCGGCUACAGCCAGUAUGGCAAGAGCUCCUUCUUCAAAGGAGUCAUGCUCCCCUUGGCUGAAUCAAAGUACAAUGUCACUUCUUUCAUCUAUGCCACAGCUCAUGUCGACAUUUCGCUUGGUUUUCUCAUCCAUGACAAGUCUCGUGAAAAAAGCGAUUUCGAAUCAAACUGGAUGGGGUACGUAGCAGUUUCCAAUGAUGAGUUCAGCAAGUCCAUAGGCCGCCGCGAGAUAUGUGUGGUAUGGCGUGGGACUGUACGAACUUACGAGUGGAUAAACGACAUCAAAGACGCCGGGCCGGUGCCAGCUGACCCACUGCUCCCUCCUGCAAAUGAUAAGAGUAUUACUAGCCUAAUUGGUGCAGCAAUAGACAAACCAAAAGUCAUGGAAGGAUGGCUUAUCAUUUACAACACCAGUAACCCAAAUUCGAAAUUGGUGAAAACAAGUGCUAGAACACAGCUCUUGGCACGAAUCAGAGAGUUACUGGUUAAGUACAAAGAUGAAAAAAUAACCAUAACAUGCGUUGGACACAGUCUUGGUGGAAGCCUCGCAACUGUAUCUGCUUUUGACCUUGCUGCGAAUGUUGCAACGCCUGAUAUCAAGGUCUCGGCGUUUGUUUUUGCUUCUCCACAAGUGGGUAACCAGGCUUUCAAGAAAAAGAUGGAGGAACUACCCAACCUCAAAGUAUUGAGCAUAAAGAAUGUUAACGAUAUCAUCCCUAAGUGGCCAAGCAAGAUAAUGGAAUGGAUGGAUGGCAAACUUAAUUUAGUGAAGAUACCAAAAGAUGUCAUGUUGUAUGUCGACGUUGGGAUUCAUUUAAUGGUUGACAGUAAGAAGUCACCUUUCUUCAAAGAGAAAGGUGGGUUGGAUAUCGUUCACGCUCUUGAUUUCCAUAACUUGGAGGGUAUGCUGCACACUGUGGCUGGUUAUGAUGGGAAAGAUCGAGAGUUUAAUUGGAAAUCAGUAGAGAAGAGGAGGAGUUUGGCUUUGGUGAACAUGUCGGCUGAUCUGUUGAAAGAGAAGUACCAGAUACCUCAAUCAUGGUGGAGUGAGAAGCACAAAGGAAUGGUGCUUAAUGAAAGUGGGGAAUGGGUUUUAUCACCUCUCGAUCGGGAUGAUCAUGAUCUAUCUCCUCCCACUGCCGCUACUGUAACAUACCAAGUUUGAUGAUGAUGAUCUACCACGUACGCACACAACCGAUUCUGUAGUAAGUUUGAUGAUUUUAUGAUAAUUGUGGUAAAAUAAAUGAUUUCUGUGAUUUGUGAUAAAGAUGUCAUAAACCCGUACAAUAAGUAUGUUGAUUAUGGGUUGUAAUAAUGUUUAAUGUAUGAUAUUUCAAGUUUAUGUAUCACUUGGUCCAUGUAAUUUAUAUAAAUCAACGAAAUAAGGUUAUUAAGG